CCAAUUGUCGCUUGUCACUUCCGCCUUGGGCUCCCGAAUCCCCGUUCCUUCCCACCUGGCUUUCCGGCGACUCUUUCCCGACUUUAAGCCAACCAUGGGUCCCUAAGGACACUGAGGAUGGAACCCUGGACCGUCUGGGCGACGUGUCUGCUACUGGGGGUCGCUGGUUCGAUUCCCGCAGCAGCGCAAUCAACAGGUCUUCCCCCGGCCUGUAUUAAGAUGAGCCACCCUGAGGUAGUACCGGUGACAGUCGCUGGGGGCGUCCUGACGUCACCGUUCUUCUCAGAUCACGUGACCUAUCCGACAUAUCUGGACUGCCUGUGGAGACUAUCGACCGAGGAUGGUUUCUACCCUGUGGUGAUGGUGGAGCACUUCGAUCUGCAGCCGCAAGGGGGCGUGGGCUGCAGAGACGCCUUCAUCGUGCACUUCCCGGACCUGGGGCCGGACAGGAGCGAAUACGGAAAUUUCUGUGGUACACAGAUCCCGAAGUGUUUCUACUACGCCGGCAGGCACAUCGACAUCCGUUUUUUCACAGACGGAAACACGCAGAGCAACACGGGAUGGCGGAUCACCUAUAAUGCCAGCAGAACUCCAGUUUGCCCAACAGAGGCACCACCUGUGUUGGUCAGCACGAUCGCAAGUAACACAAAAGCCACUGCGAACACGGGAGUUGGCCCUACCGAAACACCUCAGACUCCGACCACCCCGCCCGGCCUGACCAUCAUGCCUAGCGAGAGGCCGCCAUUGGUCGGAGCCAUCGUGGGCGGGACCCUGGCCUGCGUUGCCAUAGUUACCAUGCUGUUGCUAUGGUGCUUCUGCUGCUAUUGGAGGAGAAGGAAGCGACCACCACAGGUUGCGGAAACCCUGGCCAAUCCGGGAGCGCGUCCCGACAUCGUCAUCUUCCGAAAUGGUGAGGACCGAACCAGCCUCAUGAACCCCAACUACGGUCAGAGGGCAGAGUUCACCGCGUUGGCCGCCAUGUCUAGCAACCGCGGGGCAACGCCCGACAACUGCUACUCCGGGGGUGACUUGAAACAGCCACUGCUAGACGGAGCGACGAGUCCAGGGGUGGAGUCACCGAGACACACCGGCCCGCCAAAGUUCGUGCCCCCCUCCCCACCUGCCGCGAGGCACGCCGGUCCGCCGAAAUUCGUGCCCCCUCCCCACCUGCCGCAAGGCAUGCCGGUCCGCCGAAAUUCGUGCCCCCCUCCCCACCUCCCGCGAGGCAUGCCGGUCCGCCGAAGUUUGUGCCCCCCUCCCCACCUCGCUCCCCGAGCGGCAAAGACUGGUCGGGCGGCCCCGAUGACGUGUUCUUUGAAGACCGCAGCAGAACGUACGACGAGUAUUCGGACCCGGGAUACGCGGAGAUUGACGAGAGCAUCGCGAAGGUCGGCGAUGGCGAGUUGCGUUUGGAUGAUGCCGCGGGAGGUGGAGAUGCAGGAUCCGCCGCUAGGGGUCGUGACUGUUCAGCCAAUGUGUACAUCUUCAGCCCCAGGCCGAAGUUUCCCGCCAAGCGCACUCCGCCCUAUGCUCAAGUCAGCCUGCUGGACGAUACUAACGAAAAAGGCGGGAACUUCACCUUUGAUGUCGCCGGCGACGCGCUCCCAUUGGCGGAGGGUUACGACGAAACCAUGGCAACCGCGUCACGUGACUCCGGGCACGGCACGGCCGGAAGUGACGCGGACGGGUACGAGGUUCCCAUAGCAACGCGCGCUGAAGAACUCGAAGAAGACGCCGAUGGAUACGCCGUUCCCAUGGCGACAGCCAGCCCCAACAACCAAUCACAACUCGGCUACGAUCAUCUGCACGACGCGGAUAAUAGUAGGAAGCAGGGGAUUGGCUACGAUCAUCUCCAUGGCAACAAGAACGGCUACGAUCAGUUAUCGCGAGAGUCGGACAAACCACCCGGUCCCAGGAGUUCAAAAUACAGCAAACUGGACAACAGGGAAGAAGAAGACGAUCUUUGAGAUGCACCUAUAAUUAACUGUUUGCCUCAGUCAGGUUCUUCAUUUUUUUACAAGGCAGGAGAACAAGCAUUGAGGAUUUUUUUUUUGUUUUAAGGAGGUGGAAAGCACCAUGAAACUCAGAUGGUGUAUUUCAGACGGUCUUGCAAACGUCGAACAAAGUUCUAUCCAGAACCGUUCCCCAUCCAGAACUGUGCUUCGGUUCUGGAUAGUUUACGCGUAUCCAGUACAGGGUGUUCAUUUGCCUUUUUUUCAGAAUUCUUUUUUUGCAUAAUUGAUUUUCGCGAUAACUAAAGCAAGGUUUAAGUGCUGGCUGCUUAACCAAUCAGACGCUUCCAUUCAGAGUGACGUCAAACUAUGACACUGUUUAGUUGUACAAUAACAAGUUGUGCCUUCUGAAAGUAUUCCACUAAUGAUACUUUAAAAAUGUUAACUUUAGAUAUAAUAUUGAAAAAAAAACGUAAAGAAAAAAAUGUGGCGCACGUUUUAGAAAAUGGUUUUGUUUUUUAGAGAAGUUCCUUUCAUGGAAUGUUUUGCGUUAUUUUUCACCUGGUGCUGCUAAAGAAAAGAAAUUUUACUAAGUAACGUGCAGGCCGUAUAAUGAACACUGUAACGCUUGGGAAAUGAAACUUUCUCAAAUUAGCUACGUUUUGCAUUGAUUAUAAUGAAGAUGUACAUAUUUCUUGUACUAAAAUUGCAGGUGGCAUUAAAACCUUUA